GUCCUUUUGCUUUUUGACAGAUGAGGGAACAGCGAGCAAAAACGUUUGCCUUCUGGGUAAACAAACCGGAGGGGAAAACGGUGCUGUUUACGCCGGGAAUAUGGCCUACUUCUACCGCAAAUUGCUCUGCGAAAAAGCCUCCCGGUUGCUAGAGCAAAACCUGCAGAUCCCGCUGUCGGCGUUUAGCUUCUCCUUUCAAAAGGAUCUCCGUGCUGCCGAACUGCACAUUCCAUUGAAAUGCUUCGGACAAAAGUUAUCGGAAGAGACGAUACAACGAAUUCAUUGCCUCCGCGAGAACAGCGCAUGGAAAAAUGUUUCACUCCCAGGUAGAACCGGCAAGUUGCAUCUUUCGCUGGACCACGAUACACUCGUGGAAAACGUUCUACGGAGGCCGGAACAGCAGAACACACAAAGUCCCAAAGAUUUGCAGACUAUCGUGGUGGAGUUCAGCUCACCCAACAUUGCAAAACCAUUCCACGCGGGCCAUUUACGGUCAACCAUCAUCGGGAACUUUAUCGCAAACGUAAACGAAUUUCUAGGACAUCGAGUGGUGCGGCUUAAUUACCUCGGCGACUGGGGAACACAGUUCGGUUACCUGGCACUGGGCGUUCGGCUGAAAGGACUUUCACCUGCCGAAAUCCAACAGAAUCCCAUACUGUGCCUGUACGAGGCCUACGUCCACGCUCACGAUGUCGCGAACAACGAUCCAAAGAUACACGAAACAGCGAUGGACAUUUUUUGCAAAAUGGAAAUGGGAUCGAUGGAAGAGCUGCAGCAUUGGAAUGACUACAGAUCAUACACUGUGAAUGAGCUGGAAGAGCUGUACCGCCGGCUAGGGGUCAAAUUUAGCAGCUAUGAAUGGGAGUCUCAAUACGCAAUGGGCAAGAUUGCGGAGGUCCUGGAAAUGCUGAGAGAUAAGGGUGGACUCCAGGAGCAAUCCGAUCGGCGAAAAGUGGUGCGCCUAAGUAAAGGCCGAACGGUGCCACUAGUCAAGAGCGAUGGCACGGGAAUGUAUCUUUUACGAGACAUUGCAGCGCUGUUGGAUCGCCAGAAAAGGUUCGCAUUUCAUCGAUCGCUGUACGUUGUCGAGAAUGGACAGAACGAUCAUUUUAAUGCGUUGGGCGAAAUUGCGCACUCGAUACUCAAUUUGUCGUACAAUCCUGGUAUUGAGCACAUAAAGUUUGGUCGUGUGCAUGGCAUGAGCACGAGGAAGGGAAAAGUAGUUUUCCUAAAGGAAAUUCUACACGAGGCGCAGCUCUUGGUGCAGGAAAAACAGAUCGAAUCACCAAACACAAAGGCAUCGGCAGCGGAUAAUCCAGAGGUUUGGGAUAUCCUCGGCACUAGCGCAGUCAUUAUUAACGAUCUGAAGCAACGCCGUAUGAAAGACUAUGACUUUGACUGGUCAAAAGUGCUGCGAAUGGAGGGUGAUUCCGGUAUCAAACUGCAGUAUACACACUGCAGAUUGGCAAGUCUUUUGCGGUCCACAGAAACAACGCAAGAUAUUCGAAGCGUUGAAUGCGAUGGUCGAUUGUUAGCCGAACCGGAGGCUUGCGACCUGAUCUGCCAAAUAGCAAAUUUUGAACCGAUUUGUUCACAAGCCCAAGAAAUGGCGGAAGCAUGUACCGUUGUAAACUAUUUAUUUCGGUUAUGCAAAUCCGUUAAUCUGGCUCUGAAGGCUCUGCCGAUAAAACACGAACAAAACACCCAGAAACGGUUGCAGCGGAUCAUUUUAUUUACCCGGGCUCAAACCGUGCUUCGAACAGGAAUGGAGUUGUUGGGCCUAAGGCCACUGGAAGAAAUGUAG